AGGGAGGCUUUCCUUCAACACUAACAAACGCUGGGUUGAGUUCACUGUCGACAAGUUUUGCCCCAACACUCAACUCCGCUAUCCCUAUUCUUUCUUUCUUCUUCUUCUUAUUAAACAAUCUCAUAUCAUUGCUCUUUCCUUCUCCUCCACCCAUUAACAAUGGCUCACACAUCCCUUUUCACUCCCUCUUCCUCUCUCAGAUUCAAUCCUCUUCUUCUUUCCUCCACUCCCUCCUCUUCUUCUUCUUCUUCUCUUUCCCACAACGUUUCUUUCCCCACCGUCUCCAGGAAACUAAGGAAAUCAGUAGAAGGUAGAAAGAUUAAUAAACAUUCGGCUGUGAAGGCAGUGUAUGGUGAUCAAUUUUGGACACCUGAGAGCAGUUCACUUCAGGAUAUCUGGUCCAUAAGGAGGGAUUUGAAAGUCCCAUCUUCCCCUUAUUUCCCCACCUAUGCACAAGGACAAGGGCCACCUCCUAUGGUGCAGGAGCGUUUCCAAAGUGUUAUAAGUCAGCUUUUCCAAUAUAGAAUAAUUCGAUGUGGUGGAGCUGUUGAUGACGAUAUGGCAAACAUCAUAGUUGCUCAGCUUCUUUACCUUGAUGCUGUUGAUCCUAACAAGGAUAUUGUCAUGUAUGUAAAUUCUCCAGGAGGGUCGGUUACAGCUGGUAUGGCAAUAUUUGAUACAAUGAGGCACAUUCGACCUGAUGUGUCUACUGUCUGUGUUGGAUUAGCGGCUAGUAUGGGAGCUUUUCUGCUUAGCGCUGGGACCAUUGGAAAGAGAUACAGUUUGCCAAAUUCAAGGAUUAUGAUUCAUCAACCGCUUGGUGGUGCUCAAGGAGGUCAAACUGACAUAGAUAUUCAGGCUAAUGAAAUGCUGCAUCACAAGGCAAAUCUGAAUGGAUAUCUCUCGUAUCACACCGGGCAAAGUUUGGAGAAGAUUAACCAGGAUACAGACCGUGACUUUUUUAUGAGUGCAAAAGAAGCCAAGGAUUAUGGACUGAUUGAUGGUGUGAUUAUGAAUCCUCUGAAAGCUCUCCAGCCAUUAGAGGCUGCAGCAGAGGGUAAAGAUCGGGCCAGUGUUUGAGCACUUUAGUUACCGAGGUAGGGUUAAACUGUAAGAUGUUUUUGGUUGCUGAGUUCAACUCAACUUUUUAACGGAUGUUGAUAUCUGUGUACCUGUACCAAAAAUGAGGUCAAAUUCAUUCUUCUAUUUAUCGCUUUAGAUUUUAUACUCUUUAAUUAAUGAAUCCUGAAUGUAAUUUUUCCUUCACCC